GACAUGAUAUCACUACAAGAUAACGAAGCAUAGAAAGUGAAUACCAUUAUAAUGUUUUUAACAAUUUAAGACAUUACACUUAAGUCACAUUGACUGUAGUGCUUCUACGUAUGUUCAAUAUAGUUUUCGCAUUUGUUCGACGAACACGUACUUUUUCAAUUGUAUAAAAAUGAAUACACUGUUAAAUAUUCUCAAACGGCCCCACACAAAGCGUCUUUUUUCCACAGUGAGUACACUUCAGCACCAUGCCGAAAACUUUGAAAGUCAUUUACCUUUAACGCUGUUAAGCGACGACGAAAAUGUGAUGAAGCAAACGGUGGCCCGUUUAGCUCGGGAACAGAUAUCUCCGUACGUCAGAGACAUGGAAAAGGAGGGAAAAUUCAAACAAGCCGUGAUAGACGCACUGUUUAGUAAUGGCUUAAUGGGUAUUGAAAUUGACACGGAAUAUGGGGGUGCUGGGUGUAAUUUUAUGACCACAAUACUAACCAUUGAGGAAAUUUCAAAAGUGGAUCCUUCAGUUGCGGUGUUGGUUGACAUUCAGAACACUCUUAUAAACAAUGUGAUCAAAAAACUAGGAACAGAGGAGCAAAAAAAAACUUAUUUACCGCAAUUAGCAUCAAAUUUGAGUAGCAGUUUCGCCCUAACCGAAUCCACAUCCGGCUCAGACGCUUUCUCUCUAAAAACAACCGCCAAACAAGACGGUUCUGAUUUCCUCCUCAAUGGGUCCAAAAUGUGGAUAUCCAACUCGGACAUAGCAGGACUCUUCCUGGUAAUGGCCAAUGCGAACCCUUCAGCGGGCUACAAAGGCAUCACUUGCUUCCUAGUUGACAGAACGACCCCCGGUCUCACCAUCGCAAUCCCAGAAAAAAAACUCGGCAUGCGCUCUUCUGGUACGUGCAUGCUCACCUUCGACAACGUCCGCGUUCCCAAAACCGCCAUCCUGGGUGAAUACGGCAAAGGGUACAAAAUCGCCGCUGGGUUUCUAAACGAAGGUCGAAUUGGCAUUGGUGCGCAGAUGAUAGGGUUGGCGCAGGGGUGCUUCGAUGCCACUAUUCCGUACCUUAUGGAGAGAACCCAGUUCGGAAAACCGGUUUUUAGCUUCCAGGGUAUGCAACACCAAAUUGCUACCAUAGCGACCCAGAUUGAGGCCGCGAGAAUGCUGGUGUAUAACGCGGCUCGACUGGUAGAAGCUGGAGAACCUUUUACCAUGCAAGCUGCUAUGGCCAAAUGGUACUCAGCUGACGUUGCCCAGCAGACUUGCAUCAAGUGUAUAGACUGGAUGGGAGGUGUUGGGUUCAGUCAAGAUUUUAUCCAGGAAAAGUUCUACCGGGAUGUGAAAAUCGGGAGCAUUUAUGAAGGGACGUACAACAUGCAACUGAAUACGAUUGCUAAACAUUUGGAGAAGUUGUACAAACAAUAAAAUUUUACUGUUGUUGGUGUUUUA